AUGGCCUCCAAGGUUGCAGUUAGUACCGACAAGGCUCCCAAGCCUCUCCCUGGCAUUUACAGCCAGGCCAUCAAGGCCAAUGGCAUGGUCUUCGUCUCUGGCGCUGUUGCCAUGGACCCCGAGACUGGCAAGAUCGUUGACGGCGACGUCCAGGCUCACACUCACCAAUGCAUCAAGAACCUCUCUGCCGUCCUCGAAGCCGCUGGCUCCAGCCUCGAAAAGGUCGUCAAGGUCAACGUCUUCCUCGCCAACAUGGAUGACUUUGCCAAAAUGAACGAGGUCUACACCACCUACUGGGGCGAUGUGAAGCCUUGCCGAACGUGA